CGCGUUUUUUGCGCAGGCGCUGUGGCCCGUCGUCCUUGGAAAACCAUCCCGCACCGCACAGAGCCUGAGCGUCGACGUUCCGCUGCGUCCCGUGCAACCGGAAGUGUCUGGGCCCUUGGCUGACGGACCGGGUAGAGCGGAAGUCACUCUGUGAGGCAGUGGCGACAGUGGCGGCGAGAGGAUGAACAACAAAUUCGACGCCUUGAAAGAUGAUGACAGUGGAGACCACGAUCAGAAUGAAGAAAACAGCACACAGAAAGAUGGUGAGAAGGAAAAAACGGAACGAGACAAGAGUCAGAGCAGCAGCAGGAGGAAGGCUGUUGUCCCUGGACCAGCAGAGCAUCCCUUGCAGUACAACUACACUUUCUGGUACUCCAGGAGGACCCCAGGCCGUCCCACCAGCUCCCAGAGCUAUGAACAGAAUAUCAAGCAGAUCGGCACCUUUGCCUCUGUGGAGCAGUUCUGGAGGUUUUAUAGCCACAUGGUACGUCCCGGGGACCUGACAGGACACAGUGACUUCCAUCUCUUCAAAGAAGGAAUUAAACCCAUGUGGGAGGAUGAUGCAAAUAAAAAUGGUGGCAAGUGGAUCAUUCGGCUACGGAAGGGCUUGGCCUCCCGGUGCUGGGAAAAUCUCAUCCUGGCUAUGCUGGGGGAGCAGUUCAUGGUUGGGGAAGAGAUCUGUGGGGCUGUGGUCUCUGUCCGCUUCCAGGAGGACAUCAUUUCCAUAUGGAAUAAGACUGCCAGUGACCAAGCAACCACAGCCCGAAUCCGGGACACGCUUCGGCGCGUGCUUAACCUACCUCCCAACACCAUUAUGGAAUACAAAACUCACACCGACAGCAUCAAGGCCUGGGAGGAGUUUCAUGGCCUGGUGAACAGCAGUGGCCGCUGAUCGGUGCUCCCCCUCUGUCUCACACUCAGGGGACAAUUCAAGUUUUCGAAAUACAAAAAUCACAUUGUGAAAGUGCACAAGCUGGCAAUAAUCCUUUUCUGUAUGUGUGUUUGUCCGGAUGGAUGGGAGGCCUCCCGCCAGCCCUCCGCCUGCUUCCGGAAGGGACGUCCUGAGCCGUGCUCCCCUUGGCACUCCUUCCCGGAAGAUGGAAACUGCCCAACACCCUCACCCACUACGGGCCUCAUGAAUCAAAGAACGGAAGACAUGAUUUUGUAACAGACUGUUUCCUGCCCAGCUCCGUGCGGGGCUCUGUGCUGGGCUCCCUGUGGGAGUGCAGCCUGCCCGUCUGCUAAGGGCGUGUGUGCGUGUGGAGCCGCUGAGUUAUCAGUAUUACAGGUGCCAGGGGACCCGGUGCCUCUUCCAGCUCCGCUGCUAAGUUGUCAGCACUGUCUUGUUCUCCCUUCCCCAGGCCUGCCACUCUGAAAAUGUGUUAUUGGUGCAGUGACUGCCUAGAACUUGGUGUCCUCUCCUGCCUUACCCUCAGCUUCCCUCCCGAGGGGCUCCGUCCUUCUCAGGCACUGCUGCACUUAGAACUGGAAUCGGUGGGACACGAGGCUCCCUGACCCGGCUUCGGGGUUUGCCUUGGUGACGAGCUGGAGCAGAGCCAGCCUGUUGGGCAGCAAGGCUGUGAUGUGGGUCCAGGGGCAGGAGAGGAUCGAGGGCUGUGACCGGAGCCACUGUCCCAUGUGACCGGGGCCUGUGUGCCAAGCUUCAGUGAGGAAAGGAGGGACAUCUGGUCCUUGCCAGCUACUAACGCUUAGUUUGUGAAUUCGACUGGGACAGCUGAAGACAAGGGGCUGCUGGAUGGCUUGGCUUGUGUGUCUGUGCCUUUGGGCAGUGGCUGGGAGCCCCACCUGGAGUCUCCAUCACCCCGUGUGGAUGGGAACAAAUGUGUGCUGAUUGCUGAUGCCCAGAGACCCCAGACAGCUCCCGUGGGCAGGCUCCAAAGGACCAGUCCCUCAGAGAAGCCAGGGGUCUGGCUCCGGAAGUGCGCCGAGUCAGAGGUCAGAAGAGCACCUGGCUUCAAGGGCUUUGAACAAGCAGCCUCCAGGCAGCACUCUGAGCUGGACGGCACCACAGGACCUUCAUCACCACCUGCCCUUGGAACACCCCUGGGUUGGUGGGCGUCCCCGGCCUGCCGAGGUGUGGAGGGAUGAGAGUAGCAGGCGUCCCUCCCUGCAUUUGAGUCACUACCUUGGGGGCACUUUGGCUGAAAGAAUCAAAGUGCAGGGCCCAGGAGGGAGGGAGGCCCUCAGGUUGGAGAAGAAAUGCUGGUGCCUGAAACUGCAGAGAAGGAAGAACUCGUGAGCAGACAGACGGCUUUGAAGGAGGAACAGCAACAGUGGUGACCGGGGAUCUGAGUGGACCCGGCCCAGGGGGGCUUCACUUUCGCCCAGUCUUGGAUUGCUUGAGAAUUCCAAAGAGAGCAGACAUUUGGGUUUGCCUUCCUCUGGGUAUCUACCUGACUGGUUGUGUGUGUGUGUGUGUGUGUGUGUGUGUGUGUGUGUGUGUGUGUGUGUGUGUGUGUGCAUGCGCGCACGCGAACAGUGCGUUUAUGGUUGAGGGUUUUGUAGGGCCUGGUGCUUAGGUCCAUAGUUUUGCCCUUAUUUUGGUCUCAUUUGUUCAGAUUUUUUAAUCGCUGAUGUUUUCUAGAGCUGCUCAAGUUGCCUCUUCCCCUUGAUCAGUGUUUGACAGUUGCAGCUGUGCAUGAGCCUGGGCGCGUGAGUCUGGACCACCCGUUGUCUCUGGACUCGCCAGAGACAUCUCCACUUAUUUUGAUGUGUGGAGGCAUGACAGGGUCACAGUCACUCAGUCACUGUUGUAGCGACAGGGUGAGUCAGGGUCUGCGGGGCUGCUCUCCCUGGCCCUCUUCGGGGUUUUCCCUCUGACUCUCCCAUAGCCCUCCCAUGCCCUUCCAUGUGUGCCCUCCUUGUGACACUGGCAGUGGCAAUAAUUUUCCACCCAGACACAAGUUUCUGUUCUGUGAUGCUCCAAGAAUGAAUUUCCAAGUAUUGGCCAGUGGGGACAGCGGGGCUGUGGCAAGAGUGAUGUAGUGUUGCACUUUGUGAGCGAUUGUCCACUGUGGUAAUAAAUGGAAAAUAGCAAGA